CAACAAGCAAAUAAAAUGUCAUCUGUGAAUGGGAACCAAGAAGAGAGUUCCACUCGAGACUCGACAACAGGCGACAUAUUGGAUUCCAGUGUGGGCAGCCAUGCAGACACCUUAUUGAAGCGAAUGCAGCACUUUGUGGACAACCAGCAGCUGUGCGAUGUGGUUCUCAUCGCUGGCAUUGAUGGCAAGCGGGUGUCCGUUCAUCGCUUGGUGCUCUCAGCAUCGAGUGAAUAUUUUUUGGCCAUGUUUGCCGGAUCGCUGCGCGAGAGCAAGGAGCACGAGGUAACCCUUGGCGAGGUGCAUGGCGAUGCGCUGCAGCUGCUCGUCCAGCACUGUUACACCGGAAGCAUUGAGCUGCACGAGGACAAUGUCAAGAUGCUGCUGGCCACCGCCAAAAUGCUGCAGCUGACAUCUGCGGUGGCGGCAUGCUGCAAUUUUCUCGCCCGACAGCUGCACCCAUCCAAUUGUUUGGGAUUCGCAUUCUUGGCGGAGCAGUACAGCUGCACAGAGCUGCUGCGAGUGGCGCAGGCGUACACCUGCCAGCACUUUAUGGAGGUGUGCCACGACCAGGAGUUCUUUCAACUAAACGCCGAUCAGCUGGGCAAGCUGCUGUCCGACGAUGAGCUCAAUGGGCCAACCGAGGAGGAUGUCUUCCACACAAUGAUGUCGUGGGUGCGCCAUGAUGCACCCACUCGUGAGCAGCACAUACCCGAGCUGCUCGCCAAGGUGCGACUGCCCCUGUUGCAGCCAUUAUUUAUAGUGGAUCACGUGGAGAACGUGUGCAACGCCAGCAACGAGUGCCAGCAACUGCUGUUUGAGGCCUUCAAGUGGCAUUUACUGCCCCCCGAGCGCCGUUCGCUCAUUGCUGCCACCGAACGAACCAAGCCCCGCAAACACAUUUGCUGCGGAUUGCUUGCUGUGGGUGGCACGGAUGAAUCCCUCAAGGGCGUCACCACCAUUGAGAGCUACUGUCCGCAUCUGAACAAGUGGACGACUUGGAAGCAAACGAUCGAAUACCGUUGUAAGCUUGGCGCCGCUGUCAUGAAUAACAAACUGAUUUUGGUAGGCGGAUACCAUGAAAGGCAGGUAUUGAACUCUGUAGAGAGCCUUGACCUUAACACGAUGGCCUGCGUUCCACUCAAUCCAAUGAGAACGGCCCGUUGUAAUGUUAGCGUUGCGGUGCUGGGUGGACACCUCUAUGCGGUCGGUGGAAACGGUGACGAUGGUUCCAUCCUGAAAACGGUUGAACGCUGGGAUCCCAUUGCGCGCACCUGGAGCUAUUUGUCGUCGAUGUGCACGGGGCGUACGUGUCCUGGAGUUGCGGUGUUGGAUCUUCGCCUUUAUGCUAUUGGCGGAUCCUUAGGAAAUCGAUCAAUGGAAAGUUACGAUCCGCAAACAAACUAUGUGUCGCUGAUGUCCGCGGCGCGUUCGUCUCCUGGUGUUGGGUUGUUCGGCCGUUGCUCUUAUGCUAUUGGCGGAUCCUUAGGAAAUCGAUCAAUGGAAAGUUACGAUCCGCAAACAAACAAAUGGAGCCUUCGGGCGCCAAUGAAUCGAAGUAAUGGCGAAGUUGGUGUCACAGUUGCAAAUGGAUUCAUCUAUGCUUUGGGUGGCUUGUGCGAUGGUUAUCACACCAAAACCGUGGAACGUUAUGAUCCAACCACCGAUACGUGGACAGUUAUUUGCUCGCUGGCAGUGGAACGCUAUGGGAUCGGUUGUGCUCUGCUUGGAGAUCGUUUGAUUGCCGUUGGCGGCUCCAAUGGCAACUCUCCGCUCAACGAUGUCGAGGAGUACGAUUUGGUGCGCAAUGUCUGGAAUCAAUUGGCGCCAAUGUCGGUUCCACGUGUCCGCCCCCAUGUCUUUAACAUUCCAAACAUAAUACCACCACCACCAGCUCCGUAGACGCCUGUCGCAGACAAGGAUGGAUCCAAACCAGCUUAAGCGUGUUACAAAUAUG